AUGGCAGACUUUGGUCCUCCCGCCGCCGCCCCGGCUGCCCACAUCGCUGCCGCCCCGUCUGCCCACAUCGCCGCCAAGGGCAAGGACCCGCGCGUCGAGCAAGGAUACACACCAUCCUACCCGGUUGAUCCAGCCUGGUACAUGGACACCGGCGCCACGGAUCACAUGACGAAGGAGCUCAACAAACUCUCCACCUACCAGCCCUACUACGGGCACGAUCAGGUUCACACCGCCAAUGGUGUAGGAAUUGGACGUGGAGCUCGCCUGGAACUCCUCCCUGACGGACCCGCUACGUCGCCUGUGGUGCACGUCGAUCGGCCGGUGCAUGCACCGCCUCCCGCCCUCGACCCCGCACCAGGCGCCCCGUCUCCAACCGCGCCUGGGCCGGAGCCCAUGCUGGCUACUGCGACCGGGCCAGAGCAGUCUCCGUCGCCACCUCCUCGCCCGGACUCCCCUCCAUCGUCGCCCUCGCCAUCCGCGCGGGCGUCCUUGGUGCCUACUUCGCCCGAGUCUGCAGCGGCUCAUACGCCGCCGGGGCCUACGUCGCCUGGUCCGCCGUCGCCCGGCCCGACGUCACCCGGUCCUUCUUCGCCGGAGUCCCCUGGACCAGCCUCACCUGCUCCGGACAUCCCGUCGGACCCGGUGUUUGCUCCCCCGCGGCGUCCACACACUCGCAACCGCAGUGGCAUUGUUCGUCCCAAGGAGCGCACCGAUGACACGGUCACCUAUCUUGCUGCUUGCCUGCUCAUGCUGUGGAUGAUCCAACCGCCAAACCACGCAGUUAUCAAGCCGCUAUGA